AUGAGCAUCUUCUCUCAGUUGUAUAGCUUUCGAUGGGCCAUCGUCUCAGUCUUACUUGCGGUGUACGCAAGCAAGAAGAUUCAGGCCUACAAUCGCCUCAAGGCUUUUAAGGGUCCCUUUAGUGCAGGUUGGUUUGAGGCAUGGCACGCUUUGGCAAUUAUCAGCGAAAAGUCUCAUCUCAAGUACGAUGAAGUUUGCAGGAAAUAUGGCCCGAUCGCUCGUAUUGGCCCCAACGAUUUGCUCACAUCCUCCCUGGAUCUCAUCCUCCACAUGAGCGCCGUUCGGUCCCCCUAUAGCCGGACUGAGUGGUACUACCGUGCCUGUCGUCACCGACCUGACAAAGACCAUGUAUUCAGCGAAAUUGACGAGGAGAGGCAUCGCCAGCUGCGGUCGAAGAUGGCGGCUGGGUACUCCGGAAAGGAGAAUCUAGCAUUGGAAGAUUCCAUCGAUACUCACGUCUCUGAACUCCUUCAGCUUAUUCGCUCAAAGUACCUUUCAACUGAAGUCGAAGCCAAACCAAUGGAUCUCUCUCAGAAAAUCCAAUUCUUAGCCCUUGAUGUCAUUAGCAGUAUUAGCUUCAGCAACGCUUUCGGCGACUUACUAGCAGACGAUGACACUAACGGGGUCGCUAAGUCAUCAGAAGAUGGAAUGAGGGCAUUCAAUUUUUCCCUUGGGCUAGGCUUAUACAAGCUGCUGCAAAACCCCAUCAUCGCCCGGUACAUAGGGCCUCAAGAGACAGACGCCACGGGCUUUGGCAAGAUGGUAGCUAACGGCCGCGCGGUCAUCAAGAAUCGGUUGGCACAAGACACAGAGAAACGAUCUGAUAUGAUUGCCUCCUUCAUCCGGCACGGACUCACCGAAGAGGAGCUUGUUUCCGAGACGACGCUCCAGAUGGUUGCUGGAUCUGACACGACUGCUGCGUCAUUGAGGAUCAUCAUGUUAUACCUCCUCACUCACCCUCGGGUUUACACUAAGCUUCAAGCUGAGAUCGACCAAUUUCAUAACAGCAAGCAGAUUAGUGAGCCCUCUGGUAUCAUUUCUUAUGCUGAUGCCAGAGGUUUGGAGUACUUGCAGGCCGUCAUCAAGGAAGCCAUGCGAGUUCAUCCCCCUGUGACAGAUGUUGUGCCUAAACGUGUACCUGAUGGAGGCGAUACCGUCGUAGUUGACGGUAAGGAGGUGUUUCUUCCAGGGGGGACUAAUGUUAACCAUGCAAUUUGGCCUCUCUAUCUUAACAAGGAAACAUUUGGUGGGGACGCUGAGGAGUUCCGCCCUGAGCGCUGGCUGCUUGAGACUGACGAAAAGAAGCUGGCCACGAUGAACAGACUGCACGAGGUCGUGUUCGGUUAUGGCAAGUAUCAGUGCUUGGGCCGGCCUGUUGCUUUAAUGGAGAUCGGAAAGACGAUCUACGAGUUGAUGCGCAAUUUCGAUUGGUGUCUUGCGAAGCCUGAUACGCCUUGGAAAGAGUCUAAUUUCGGCGGUCUUCUUUCGCAUCGAGACAUGUGGGUGCUUGCAUCAGAGCGAAAUCCGAAUGUCUGA